UUUUCCCGAGGCAAAGUGAAAUCAAGGCGCGCGCUCGGAGAAAAUAUAGUCCCUGCCGUUUUUAAGUCUCUUUGGUCCCCGCCGGAGGGGCGACCGGGCGGGCCGAGGCGAUUAAUCGGGUCCCGGGAGGAGCAGAGGCCCGCCUGGAGUCCCGGGCCGAUGGUCGGCUGGGGGUCGUCGGGGGGGAGCCUUCCCCCCCUAGUUUGGCGGAAAAACGGUGAUCUUAAGAAACAGAUCCAUGAGAGGCAAUCGAGAAUAACAGCUCUUAAUGACAAACAAGGUUUGGGAACCAUUACUGCAGUGCCCAUUAAAGUCCCUCAGGUCAGCUCUUUGCAGAGGUUGGCCGGACAGAGACCAGCAGUUCUACCUCAGGUUAGGCCAAAGACCCUGAUUCCAGACAGCCUCCCAAUUUCUCCAUGCAGAGACCAACUUUCGAAACAACCUCCUACAUUCCAAAAGGCCACUGUCGUCAGCAUCAAGAACCCGACUCCCGCCCUCCCGACUGCCAAUAAUACUGUUAGCCAUGUACAGACAUUCAACAGCCAGUUGCAAAGCGAUGCCGAGCCAACAGCCAUCUCAUCACCCCUGAGCAGCACCGGGGUGGCCUAUGCCAUCAUCUCAACAUCCCCCAACAGUGUCAAUCCCAUCAGCACCACCAGUGCAGCCAUCUCUGUGGUGAAAGACAGCAUCAAAGUGCAGCCCCUUCUCAUCAGUGCCGACAGCAAGGUCAUCAUCAUUCAACCUCAAGUUCAAGCCCAGACAGAAAUUAAAGUGGAGACAAAGAAGCCUUCUGAAGAGCCAGCUCAGGGACUCCCUGCUACCAAAAAGAAAAAGGAGGAGAAUCCAGAGAAAAUUGCCUUCAUGGUAGCGUUAGGCCUGGUUACGACAGAGUACUUGGAAGAAAUCCAGAGCAAACGUCAAGAGAGAAAGAGAAGAAGCACGGCCAACCCAGCCUACAGUGGACUUCUAGAAACAGAGCGCAAACGCCUUGCAUCAAAUUAUUUGAAUAAUCCGCUGUUCCUAUCCACAAGAGCCCAUGAGGAUCCUUGUUGGAAGAAUGAAAUUAACCAUGACGAGCACUGUUCAGCAUGCAAGCGUGGUGCCAAUUUGCAGCUCUGUGGGAUGUGUCCCAGAGCCUAUCACCUCAACUGCUUGGACCCUCCCUUAAGGACAACCCCCAAAGGGGUGUGGGUCUGCCCCAAGUGCCAAGAAAAGAUGUUCAAGAAAGAGGAAAACUCGCCAUGGCCUGGAACGUUGGCUAUCGUUCAGUCUUACGUGACUCAUAAAACAGUCAAAGAAGAGGAAAAAAGGAAGUUAUUAAAGAGAAGCAGUGAACUGAGGGAAGAAUAUAGGCAGCUAGAAGAAAAAGAAAAUUUUCUCAACAAUGCAACAAAGAAGCGCUUAGAGCUAAAGAACAGCCUCUUGGCCCAGCAGAAAGGGGUCCAGUUAUCCCUGGAACGCCUCAAAACUCUCAUUAGACUGAUUCAGAAUGAGCCGAUGAUUCAGGUUACCAUGACAACCACCACCACCUCCUCCCUGCUGACUGUGCCCUGGAUCAAGCCUUCUUCCACCUCAGCUGCUGCGGUCCACAAAGCCCUGCAGCCAACACAGGGUAACAAUUGACGGCCGAGGAGGCCGGAGAACCUUUCUUUCUUCGACCAGAAAGGGAACCGCCUCCCCCUGCAGGAAACACUCCAGGCACACGCAAGACCAAGGGAUGCACAACAACGGCAGCGAGGAGGAAACCGAAGAAAAAGGCUACUUGCCGGCCUGUUUGUUUGGUCAACCGGUCCCAAUCCCCUUGGCGUGAACAGCAGCUUCCCAGAGAGCAGGUCCCGCUGCAGUUCCGUACUGCCGAGAUCUUUGGUGCUUGCGAGAUAUAUUUUUUUCUUCUUCUUUCAUUACGUUGGCCUUAAUGUGUCUAAGAAGGAAUAAGGAACAUUGAGCGGCGUAUGCUGGCCACCAGAGUGGGGUAGGGGGGUGGGAUGGAGCGGUGUUUUGGGUAGGGCAGACAGUCGGGGAGGGGGGGGGGGAAAGCUUGCCUUUUAAAAGAAACAUAGUUUUAAAUGCAAAGAUUUUAGUGAGCUAGUAUGCAGGUAGAUGGUCAGGGGGAGCCGGAAUGGGGAAAACUGGCGAUGUCAAAGGUCGUGGGGGAAACGAGUGGCUUCAAACUCAGUGUGGAUUCCUGGUUUUUAAAAUUUGCAAGCUCUUGGAUUCAGGUUGAGCCGCGCAUGAGCCGUUUGAGAAGAAUUAUGUUCGUGAGACACUCACAGAGCCUUUGGAAUCAAAUCAUUUCCCCCCCCCCCCCCAGUAUUAUAGUUGAGAACCGCAGAUAUUUAAAUAAAAAAAACAUUGUAUGAAAUUAGCAUUUCUAGUGAAAUAUUGAAGUAUUUUCAUGCUGAUGCUUCUGUAUAUGCGUUCUGAAGUAUUUAAAGAGGUAUGCCUGUAAAACAUGUUAAAUUUUGCAGGGCCUUUCAACUUAUUUUGCUAUCAAUGUAUUUUUCUCAUGGAGUUGUUUGUGCAAGGUUUAGCAUAAACCAUAAGAGUGACAAAUAUCUUCAGCAGGUUGGAUCUUUAAUUUUUUUUGUAUGUUUUGUUAAAGAAAGGGAGCAAAUAAGCUUUUCGUUUUGCUUUUUCUGUCUCAACAGUACAAACGAUAUGCCAAAAAAACUUUACAAUUUUGUACUGCAUUUUUUUUUUACUGUGAAGUAUGGAAUGUGAAACGUCAUUUCUUUUUCUUUCCUUUCCUUUCUUUUCUUCUUCCUUUUUGCUUGCAGAAUUAUCUGCUAAAUAGUACAGGAAAUAUACAGCCUCAAGGGAUGAUUUCUUUGCUUCAGCAGCUUGGGGAGUGGGAUAGGUUGUCAAAUUCUAAAGGCUGGUGGCGGUUUGUUUUUGGGAAAGGAACUAUUUUUUCUAAUUUUUUUUUUAUCAUACGUGAAACAUUCAGUAUUAGCCUGAGAUAAUGCUAGAGAACCGGCUUUUUUCCCCACUAGCUAGUCUUCCUGACGCAACAAGGAUUAGUUUGGCCCCAUCACAGGCCAAGAGACAUCUAUGCUGGAAACCUGAGGAGGCCUACCUCAAAAGCUAGGAACGGACAACUCAGUUUCUCUUCAUCCUGGCUGAUCGAGUCUGUCGAUCUCUAUUUUCUUCCCUGACACCAGAGGUAUUGAAGCAAGGAGCGUCAUUUCAGGGAGGGAGUAAGAUUCACUCAAGGCUUAGCAGUUUACUUUGGAGUAUCUACAAGGUUACACAGGAAAGUAGCAGUGUAGUUUGAGAGCAUGUGUUAAGGGCACUUGUUCAUGUUUCAUAGAAUAGCAAUCUUGUCAACACGAAGCAAGGUCUUUCGAAACAAAGGGAUUAAUGUAUUUGGCGUGCAUGCCUAGAGCACAAAGCUUAUUGUAUCAUGAUAAUUGGUAUCUAGAACUAGUAGGUGCUCCUGAGAAAUAACCAUCACCUGUGGCUGAAAGCCCUAAUGGUGCCGUUGUAUGGAAAGAGGACAAAAGCAAGCAGAUCUUGCAUUCCACGGGCAAAGACACUCCCAUCAGCCUAUCCUAUGGUGCCAAGAAAAGAUGUUUAGGGAGGGAUUUGGCCUUUUCGUUCGCUGUUUGUUUGUUUGGCGUCAUCCAUCACUUGAUGGCACACGGUCCCUUCCACCAAUUUCACAACUCCGGGAGAAACUGUGCAGUACUAUACAGAUCUAUUUUAAUACACUUAACACUCUGUCGAACAAAAAAUUUUAUAUUCUUUUACUGACGAGCAAAAAUGAACUAAGUAAAACACAUUGUGAUAUAUUGGUUAUGGUAUGCCAAUUUAUGCAUUGGAACGUGGCUUGCAAUGUAAAUGUCUUCAGGUUUAACAGUUCUUUUUCUCCUACUCAGAUGAAUUAAUAAAAGGGGGGCGGGGGACGCAGAAAGCUGAUUUAAUGUGCGGGCUUUCUGAAGAAGCAUUUUUUUUUCCUGGGACUGUUAAAAGUAGUUAUUUUGGGGGGGGGAAAGGACUGUCCAGUGGAUAGUGUGCAUAGAAAACAAAGUGUUUGUCUUAAAUAUACCAAUGUAGUUUACUUCUUUAUAAUUAAUUAAACUUGACUGACAGAUUUAA